GGCUCAGUGGUGUGACUAUCUAUUGGGUACUGCAGCUGCGUGGCAUCGUGUGUGGAUUGCAUGUUCACUGUUAUUUAUGACUAGGGUGGUUUUAACACUUCGUCAGAAACGUCCUGAACGUAUUGAACUGUUCAUAAGCCUCCCAUAGUUUUACCUGUUGCAUUUUAGAGGCGACCCUGAGCAAGGACUGCGUUUUAAUAUUCUUGUUUAUCCUUAAAGAUGCCAAAGGCAGCAGCAGAAGCCAUAAGUCACCCCUUCUGGCCCAGGGACCUGUCCAUCCCAAACUAUGUAGAAAAUGACCGCUCCAUGUUGGAGAUUGUCACAUUCCUGUUCUCUGUGUCUGGGCUGUUGCUGCUGGUAGCUUGGGUCCUGACAGGGCAGAAGGUGGCCGGAGGAAGGCUGAGUGGAUGGAGAAGGUUGGCCCUGUGCUGGUUCACUGUGUGUGGCUUCAUCCAUGGUGUCAUUGAGGGCUGGUUCGCUCUCUACUACACCAUCAUUCCAGGAGACCAGAGCUUCCUCUCUCAACUCUGGAAAGAAUAUUCAAAAGGCGACAGCAGAUAUGUCAUAGCGGAUAAUUUCACUGUGUGCAUGGAGACAGUGACUGCAUGUCUAUGGGGACCUUUCAGUCUGUGGAUCGUUGUGGCCUUUUUGUUCAAUCGUCCCUACAGAUUCGUCUUGCAGCUAAUUGUAUCUCUAGGGCAGCUGUAUGGAGCGGUACUCUAUUUCUACACUGAACACAGAGAUGGAUACAUCCACAGCGAGUACGGCCAUCCCAUCUACUUCUGGUUCUACUUCAUUUUCAUGAACUUCCUGUGGAUUGUGAUCCCUUUCGUUCUUAUUUUGGACUCGUGGUGUCAGCUGUCAAGCACUCAGGCCUUGUCUGACAAAUCACUGCCCAAACACAAGUCCAAGUCCAAAUAAUUUAGAAAAGACCUGGAAAUGAUUGUGUUGUACACCGUUCUAGGUGAUAUCUAGGGAAUGUCAGAAUAAACUGUGUUUAGCCAUUUUUAUUUUCAUGAAUAAAAUCUAAUUCUCUUUUA